GAAACUAAAAAUGUUUUAUUUUUUUACUUUAGUUACGAAAAGACGUAGUACCUAAAACAGCCGAAAAUUUCCGGGCUCUCUGCACUGGUGAAAAAGGUUUUGGUUACAAGGGUAGUGUCUUCCAUCGUGUCAUCCCCAACUUCAUGUGCCAAGGUGGUGAUUUCACCAAUCACAAUGGCACUGGAGGCAAAUCCAUCUAUGGAGCUAAGUUUGGCGAUGAAAACUUUACUCUUAAACAUAUAGGACCCGGUAUUUUAUCAAUGGCUAAUGCUGGUCCAAAUACUAAUGGUAGUCAAUUUUUCAUAACUACAGUCAAGACUACGUGGUUAGAUGGUAAACAUGUUGUGUUUGGAUCUGUUACCGAAGGUAUGGAUGUUGUAAAAAAAUUAGAGAGUUAUGGAACUGACACUGGAGAGACCAAAAAGAAGAUUGUUGUUGCAAACUGUGGAGAACUUUAAUAACAAUUUUUUUUUUUUCAUUUAAAAAUAAUAUGCUGAGCAAACAUUAUUCAAUGAAUGGCAACAUUCCACAACCUUUUUAUUAUUAUAUAAUUAAUUUUCUCCAUUUUCUUAACAUUUUUUUUACUAUUAUAUUUUUCAAU